AUGCUCUGUAUGCUGAUACAGAUGAGUUUAACUGGUCCGAAUGGUUCUGAAACAUCGUUUAAAUUAACAAAUGAAAUUCAUAAACGAAAACGUCGAAAAAAUCGAACGGCAUUCAGUGCUCAUCAAAUAUAUGCACUAGAAAAACGUUUUGCAUAUCAACGUUAUUUAACUCCCACUGAUCGUGAUCAAAUUGCUAGUGAACUCAGUUUAAGUGCUGCUCAAGUAAUAACGUGGUUUCAAAAUCGUCGAGCAAAAUUAAAACGAGAUUAUGAAGAACUAAAAAACGAUGUUAAUGCUGCAAAAAAAUUACAGACAUUAGGAUUAUCGGAUUUUAACUGUGUUUAG